UUGUCAACAAGAGACGGGUAAUCUCUUGAAAAUUUCCAUACGCAUUUUGGUAUAUUUUAAAACAGGAACUAAAUUAAAUUUCCUUUCCGGAUUAGAUAUCAUUAUUUAAAGCCUAUUUGGAAACCUGUUGUCAUCAUAAUUCAUAUUUGGGGAUAGCCAUCACAUGAUGGAGGAAGAAGACGUGCAAUCUGAAUGGCAGUGUGAGAAAUGCACAUACCGAAAUAAUGGGACUCACAAUACAUGUGAAAUCUGCGGGUUUCUACAGAAAAGCACAGGAUCAGAUGGCUUCGUCAGACUAUCAUCUGAAAUCAAUGAUGUAGAGGAGGAUAGCUACAGAGGACCAUCCAGUCUGGAAUCAUUUACCAUUGCGCAACCUACAGAAGCAGCUGAAAAUGGUUACAUGAGCAGUGAGCUAAGGAUAAUACUAGUCGGCAAGACGGGAUCUGGUAAAAGUGCAACAGGAAACUCGAUUUUGGGGAAGACGGUAUUUACGUCUGAUGUCUCAAACAGCAGUAUCACCAAAAAAUGCAAAAGGGGGUCCAGUGUACGAUUCGGACAGGACGUUCUGGUGGUAGAUACGCCCGGGCUUUUUGAUACUGGCAUGACAAAUGAUGACAUAACCACUGAGAUAUUAAAAUGUGUGGGAAUCAGUUCUCCGGGGCCACAUGCUAUACUGUUAGUAAUAGGAAUUGGUCGCUUCACCAAAGAGGAGAAAGAGACAGUCGAAUUACUUCAGAGAGCGUUUGGUCCAAGCAUGGUUAAAUAUCUUAUCGUUGUUUUCACGAGGAAAGAUGAUCUUGACCGGGGUCACAAAUCCAUCCGCGAUAUACUAAGAAAUGCCCCGCCGUCUUUGCAAGAUGUGAUUGCUAGUUGUGAGGACAGAUUUAUUGCCAUCAACAAUGCCGAAGACAGCAAAGAUAGGUUGGAGCAACAAAUUCAGGGUCUUUUGACUAUGAUCAAAACUAUGGUAGAAAAGAAUGGGAAUAAGUAUUACACAAGUAGUAUUUUUAACCAAACUGAAAUUGUAAUCAGAGAAAGAGAAAAAGAGCUGAGACAAAAAUAUGAAGAAAAAACCAAGUUGGAAAUGCAUGAAAUGAAGAGAAUGCUUUCCUUCGAGUACGAAGACAAAAAGUCUGACUUCAGAGAAAGAGAAAAGGCGUUACUAGAGAAACUGGAUAGACUCGAGAGUCAGCGCUCUUAUGAAAUGAAGUCCAUGGCAACAAAUUUGAGAACACUCCAGGCAGAAAUGGACAAUUUAACAAUGGAAGCAGUGCCCGAAAGUUUUGACGAGGAAGAGAAUUGUAGACUGGUCACCAUUCAGCAGAAGAUACUAGAAGUCAAGAGACGCCUGGAAGAUGUCCGCCAGGAACAAGAGGACAUGAUGCUUUAUGAGGAUGUGCGGGAAGACGUGGGGCCUCCGUACAGGUACCACCGCGACAUCGACAGGGUGGUCAGGGAAAACGUACGAGAUGAAAUAGAAAGCGGGGACAAAAAUAUUUUAAAGCGAUUUUGGAGGAACGUGAAACAUGCUGGAUUUGGAUUGAUGACAAAAUUUAGAGAAAUAUUUGAGCUGGUAAAAAAAAAAUCGGGUUUUCUUUGAAAUUUCUUCUUCUACAAUCAGCUUUGUAACAAUGAUAUCAUUUGAAAUAGAUUGAAAUUCAUUCUGAAGAAAGUAUCUGUUUUGCUGACAUUUUAUCAAAACAUGUGUAUUGGUUACUGGAAUCGUAAACUUUUCAUGGUACAUUCGUACUGUGUAACAGUUACCAUUUAAAUUGAUUUUUUUUUCUUACCAUAAUUUUUGUUGACAUGUUAUAUAAUUGUAUAUUUAACAAAAUGGGAAAGAUGAUUAUAACGUUUAGGAAUAAAUUUUUAUUCCCGCCACACCCCCUGUGACAAUUAAAUAUGUGUAAAUCAUCUUUUUAACUGUUGAUCUGUAUUUUUUUUAUAUGCAAUGUAAUGUAGAUACAUGUACAAAUGAUGUCCUAUAUAUUUUGUAAUAAAUUAUUUCAGUAUUCA